AUUUAAACAUAAGCGAUCUCAAUCCAUUACCCACUCCUAGCAUUCAAGCUUCAAGGCAUGGUCGAUGCUAGCGCAUUGGAGAAAGCGUCGAAAGUUGACGUAUUCGACUCGAAAGGCUCUACCAUUAACUUUGGAACCAUUUUUGCCAGCCAAAAAGUGGUCAUUGUCUUUACUCGUCACUUCUUUUGUGGGAAAUGCCAGGCAUAUAUACAACAGUUGGCCGCCGUUCCUGCAGAAGCUUUGGGAAAUGCACAGGUCGAGAUUGUUGUUAUCGGGUGCGGAGACUGGCAAGCAAUCAGUCAUUAUGCUGAGAGGACCGGUUUCUCCGGAAAGAUAUACGCAGAACCCACCCGAGUACUAUACCGAUCGUUAGGGAUGGACAUCGAGACGCUUGCCACCACUCCCGCGGACCAGGAACGGCCUAGCUAUCUUGCCGCUACUGGCAGCCGUCUGAAGAACGCGCUUGUGUCAACUUGGGAAGGUCCUCUGAAACACCCCUCCUUACUCGGUAAACAGGGUGCUAUCUCUCAGCUUGGUGGAGACUUCGUGUUUGGACCAGGCAAUCGAUGUUCCUUCAGUCACAUUAUGCAGCAUACCGAAGAUCACGUUGAAAUCCAGGAACUCAUGAAACAUGCCGGGGUAACUUAUUGACCAAGUAUAUCUUCACGUACUUCAGAAGGGACAACUGUCACGGUGUACAUAACCAUGACUUCCAACAUCAAGGAGGAUGACAAUCGAAUGUGUUUUUUGUUUCCGGGAAAAAGUAA